AUGAGAAGCUCUGCUUUCCUGCUGUGCAUUGGAAUCGUAUAUUGCAUUGCAGCGAGGGACUCCGCACCGGUUGCAAAGGAAGAACUGCUGAAAGAUGACACUAUUACUGAGCUGCUGAAGAAAGAAAAAGAACUUGCACAGGCUCAAAAACUACAAGUGAAGUUUAAUCUUCGCUCCUCCACAGUUCCAGGGGGUGAAGGCUGCUUUCUCUCCAUAGGCCAAGACAAAUGUUUAGAGGACUGCAAAUUCAAUUUGACAGCUAAAACCUUCUUUAUUAUUCAUGGAUGGACAAUGAGUGGCAUGUUUGAAACCUGGCUGGAAAGCCUGGUGGCCGCUCUUCAGGAGAGAGAGAAGGAUGCUAAUGUGGUGGUGGUGGACUGGCUUGGACUUGCCCAUCAGCUCUAUACUGAUGCUGUGAACAACACAAAGGUGGUUGGAAAGGCCGUUGCAAGGGUGCUCAACUGGUUACAGGAAAAGCAGAACCUCCUGCUUGAGAACGUCCACUUAAUUGGGUACAGUCUUGGUGCCCAUGCUGCUGGAUAUGCUGGUAACUAUGCACACGGAACAAUAGGCAGAAUUACAGGCUUGGAUCCAGCUGGCCCUAUGUUUGAAGGAGCUGAUCCUCACAGACGUCUCUCCCCUGAUGAUGCAGACUUUGUGGACGUUCUUCAUACAUUUACGAAGGAAACACUGGGUGUCAGCAUUGGGAUCCAGAUGCCUGUGGGUCACAUUGAUGUCUAUCCCAACGGGGGAGAUUUCCAGCCUGGUUGUGGAUUAAGUGAUGUUUUGGGAGCAAUCGCAUAUGGGAAUAUUGGGGACGUUGUUAGAUGUGAACAUGAGCGAGCUGUACACCUCUUCGUGGACUCCCUUGUGAACCAAGAUAAGCAGAGCUUCGCCUUUCAGUGCACCGACUCCAGUCGUUUCAAGAAGGGAAUCUGCCUGAGCUGCCGAAAGAACCGCUGCAACAGCAUUGGCUACAAUGCCAAGAAAAUGAGGAACAAAAGGAACAGCAAGAUGUACUUAAAAACCAGAGCAGAUAUGCCUUACAGAGUUUACCAUUAUCAGAUGAAAAUGCACAUCUUCAGCUACAAAAGCUUAGGAGAAACAGAACCCACCUUCUCAGUUACCCUUCAUGGUACCAAUGGCGAGUCUCAACCCCUCUCUCUGGAAAUACUUGAGCAAAUUGGCCUGAAUUCUACUAGCCCCUUCCUGGUCUAUACUGAAGAAGACAUUGGUGACCUCUUAAGGAUCAAGCUCACCUGGGAAGGAUCAUCUCAGUCUUGGUACAAUCUGUGGAGAGAGCUCAAAAGUUACUGGUUCCGACCUGAUAAAUCUUCCAAGGAGCUGCAGAUCAGACGUAUACGUGUGAAGUCUGGGGAAACUCAACAGAAGUUAACUUUCUGUGCAGAGGAUCCUCAGCUGACCAACAUAUCUCCUGGUAAAGAUCUUUGGUUUGUGAAAUGUAGAGAUGGAUGGCCAACAAAAAACCAAACAAGAUCAGCUUUGAAUCUGCACUGA